AUGCAGGGUUCUUUUUAAGAGAAGGAAGCUUUAGCUGACAUCUUUGAUUAACUAAAAGAUGUAGAUAUACAAAUCUUUGGGGUCAUAAUAGAAAUAUUUAAAAAGGAGAAAGUUUAAGAUUGCCUUGGAUAUCUUUCAGAUAUUGGGAAUCAGAAACAAUUAGAAUCAUAAAUUUUACAACAAGUCGGGAAUUUCACUCAAGCUGAUACAGAAUAGAAAUUGUCUGUAAUUAGAAAUGACAUGAAAUAAAUUACAGAUGUCUUAAGAAAAUUAAAAGAUCAUGACUUCAAUAAGAAAGAUUUCUCUUCUGAAGAAAAUGAAAAAUCUACAUUAAGACUAAUUAACAGCAUCAAGUGUAAGAGUUAGAGUAUAGAAUUUUUAGUUCACCUUACAUCUAUCGAUAAAACUCUAAUAUAAUGUGGGUCUAAUUCAUUACAUUUAUUAGUUUAGAUGAAGGCGGACCUUAGACAUCAAAAUUUCGAAAAUAUUAAGAUAGAAAAUACUUCAUUAGUAGGCGCAAAUUUGGUUCAAUGCAAUUUAAGUGGAUCAGAAUUUAAUAAUGUAAAUAUAAGCAGUAUGAAUCUGAAUGGAACAUUUCUGUUGAAUUGUAAAUGGAAGAAUAUUAAGAUCCAUGAAUUGAAUAAAUUAGAUGGUCAUGAUGAUAGCGUGAAUUCAGUCUGCUUCUCUCCUGAUGGGACUACAUUAGCAACUUGUAGCGGAAAUCCUAUGUAUAAAAGCAUUGAUAACUCCAUCUGUCUAUGGGAUGUCAAAACAGGCGAAUUGAAAGCCAAAUUGGAAGGUCAUAGUCGAACUGUCUUGUCAGUCUGUUUCUCACCUGAUGGAGAUACAAUAGCUUCUAGUAGUUAUGAUUACUCUACUCGUCUAUGGGAUGUUAAAACAGGAAAAUUGAAAGCCAUUUUCGAUGUUAAUAGUAAAAUGGUAAUGUAAGUAUGUUUCUCACCUGAUGGAAAUAUGUUAGCCACUGGUAAUUAUGAUAAUUCUAUCCGUCUUUUGGAUGUCAAAACUGGGUAGUAAAUAGCCAAAUUAGAUGGUCAUAAUGGAUCAGUCUAAUCUGUAAGCUUUUCUCCUGAUGGAAAUAUUUUAGCUUCUGGCAGUUAAGAUAAAUCUAUCUGUCUUUGGGAUGUGAAAACAAAGUAGAAAUUUGCAAAAUUGGAUGGCCAUAGAAAUUGUAUCAACUCAGUCUGUUUCUCUCCUGAUGGAAAUACAUUAGCUUCUGGUUGUGGUGACAAGUCUAUCCGUCUUUGGGAUGUAAAAACAGGAUAAUUUAAAGCCUAAUUGGAUGGUCAUACUAAUACUGUCUACUCAAUCUGUUUCUCUCCUGAUGGAAAUACAUUAGUUUCUGGUAGUGAAGAUGUCUCUAUCCGUCUUUGGGAUUUCAAAACAGGAUAAUAAAAAGCCAAAUUGGAUGGUCAUAAUGGUACUGUUUACUCAGUCUGUUUCUCUCAUGACGGAAAUACAUUAGCUUCUGGUAGUUAUGAUAAGUCUAUUCGUCUAUGGGAUGUCAAAACAGCAUAAUAAACAGCCAAAUAGAAUGGUCCCUCUAGUUAUGUUCUAUCAGUCUGUUACUCUUCCGAUGGAAAUACAUUAGCGUCUGGUAGUGAUGACAUGUCUAUACGUCUUUGGGAUGUCAAAACAGGAUAAUAAAAAGCCAAAUUAGAUGGUCAUAGUGAUUAUGUAAACUCAGUCUGUUUCUCUCCUGACGGAAAUACAUUAGCGUCUGGUAGUGGUGACAUGUCUAUACGUCUUUGGGAUGUCAAAACAGGAUAAUUUAAAUCCUAAUUGGAUGGUCAUAGUUAUACAGUUAGAUCAGUAUGUUUCUCUCCUGAUGGAAUUACAUUAGCUUCUGGUAGUAUAGAUAACUCUAUCCGUCUAUGGGAUGUAAAAACAGGAUAAUAAAAAGCCAAAUUAGACGGUCAUACUCAUUAUGUCUACUCAAUCUGUUUUUCUCCUGAUGGAAAUAUAUUAGCUUCUGGUAGUUAUGAUAAAUCUAUCCGCCUAUGGGAUGUCAAAACAGGAUAAUAAAAAGCCAAAUUAGAUGGUCAUAGUGAUUAUGUAAACUCAGUCUGUUUCUCUCCUGACGGAAAUACAUUAGCGUCUGGUAGUGGUGACAUGUCUAUACGUCUUUGGGAUGUCAAAACAGGAUAAUUUAAAUCCUAAUUGGAUGGUCAUAGUUAUACAGUUAGAUCAGUAUGUUUCUCUCCUGAUGGAAUUACAUUAGCUUCUGGUAGUAUAGAUAACUCUAUCCGUCUAUGGGAUGUAAAAACAGGAUAAUAAAAAGCCAAAUUAGACGGUCAUACUCAUUAUGUCUACUCAAUCUGUUUUUCUCCUGAUGGAAAUAUAUUAGCUUCUGGUAGUUAUGAUAAAUCUAUCCGCCUAUGGGAUGUCAAAACAGGAUAAUAAAAAGCCAAAUUAGAUGGUCAUAGUGAUUAUGUAAACUCAGUCUGUUUCUCUCCUGACGGAAAUACAUUAGCGUCUGGUAGUGGUGACAUGUCUAUCCGUCUAUGGGAUGUCAAAACAGGAUAAUUUUAAGCCUAAUUGGAUGGUCAUAAUGAUACUGUCUACUCAGUCUGUUUCUCUCCUGAUGGAAAUACAUUAGCUUCUGGUAGUUAAGAUAUGUCGAUCUAUCUUUGGGAUGUUAAAACAGAACAAUAAAAAGCCAAAUUGAAUGGUCACACUCAUGGAAUCUUGUCAGUUUGUUUCUCUCCUGAUGGAAAUACAUUAGCAUCAGGUAGUUAUGAUAAGUCAAUUCGAUUAUGGGAUGUUUAGAAUAGAAAAUAAUUUUUACCAAAUAACAAUACAUUUAAGGAAAUUCUUACCUAAAUUCAUGCACCCUUAUUUUAAGACAAUCUUCCCUCAUGUACUUAUUUAAUUAUUAUUUUUAUAGUACCCAAUAAUAUAACAAUUCUACGAAUAUCUGAAACACCAUUAUUUUAAGCAUAACAAGCUUUAAUUUUUAAAGGAGAUUUUGUGAAUUAUUACGGAUACGAUUUAAGAUCAUUAUUCAAAUUCUCAGGAAGUUGCAUUUUAGGAGACUUUGAGUAAAACGAAAUUUGA